AACUGACAGAAGGGAGGCCCGCGUAGUUGGGUAAUUACCGAGCACAUUUGCCCUUAACCCACUUGCCUAGUUACCCCAGUUUGGGGUCACUCAGGGAAGGACAGUAUGGCUUAUCUCUCCACCUUCUAGAUUCCUAUUUUCUUUUCUUUUUUUUUUUAACAUGCACAGUAAUACCAAAAACAAAACCUGCUUAGGAGGAGAGUCUUAUUUAAUAAGCGGCAUAGCCGACUGCUUUCUUCCAUGCAAUUGUCUGUCUCUUGUUCACUACCAAAGCAUCAUCACUUCUCUGGCUUUCUUGCUCUUCUAUUUGUUCAUGUGGUUGCUUUAUCUCUCUGUCCAUAACUUGUCUCUUUAACAUUUCCUCUUUGCUCUCAGCUUGUUAUUCUAUUCCCAUACCUCAAUUUUUUUCUUAGCUUUAUGACAAAACCAUAUCCCAUUUGUCUCUAAUUACGAGUUUCCUCACUUUGUUUUCCCUUUCUCUUUCUCUCCUUAAACCUUCAUUCUGUUUCCUGACAGAAUAUACAAGCUAGUAGUAGUUUUUGAUCGAACACAAUGUCAAGCAGAAGAUCACGUUCCAGGCAGUCAGAUGUUUCCAGGAUCACUGAUCAUCAGAUCACCGAUCUUAUUUCCAAGUUGCAACAGCUUAUACCCGAGCUUCGUGGAAGGCGUUCCGAUGAGGUAUCAGCUUCCAAGGUCUUACAGGAGACUUGCAACUACAUCAGAAGCUUACACAGAGAGGUGGACGACCUAAGCGACCGUUUAUCCCAGCUAUUAGCUUCGACAGACACCGAUAGCGCCCAAGCAGCCAUUAUCAGGAGUUUACUUAUGUAA